AUACAUCCCACCAGACAAGGGUACAGAGAUCGAAGAAAUUGAGAAAACGCAGACAAUGGUGCUCUCUGUUCCUGCACAUGCCAAGAAGCUAUGGGACGCAUGGAACAUCAAAGGAAACAUUAUUCUAAGCCUUUUCCUGCAGGUCUUGUUAAUUCUGUUUGCUCCAAUUAGGAAAUGGAGAGGUGGGAAAUGGGGAAAAUGUCUGCACAUGUUGAUCUGGUUAGCAUACUUGAUGGCUGAUUGGGUUGCCGGAGUUACAAUCGGACUCAUUUUAAGCAACCGGAUGAAAAGUUCUGCUGAAGAUGGUGACAUCCAGACCUUAUGGGCACCCUUUCUCCUGCUACACCUUGGCGGCCCCGACACUAUUACUUCCUUCGCUCUCGAAGAUAAUGAGCUUUGGGUUAGGCACUUGCUUGGGCUCAUAUUACAGGUCGUUUCUACUGCCUAUAUCUUCCUGAUAUCUCUUCCAGACAACAAGCUUUGGCUCCCAACCCUACUAGUGUUAGCCGCAGGAAUAAUCAAAUAUGUUGAACGUAACCGUGCGCUUUAUCUUGCAAGCUUUGGCAAUCUGGGAGAUGAUUGGCCGCCUAGCGAAUGGGGAGAUGAACUACCGAUUCCAUUUGAAUUCCAAGAGAUGGACAAGAUGGAAGAUUUUGAUGACAGUGAGCAGUCGAUAUUAUGGACUGCAAUUCACCACUUUGGAACAAUCAAGAUGUUGCUUGUUGGCCCUCUUUUAUCUCCAUAUCAAUGCUCUGAGAUCAGAGAAACCUUUCUCCAAGCAGGAAAUAUUCCAUCUCAACACCAAGAAGAAAAGCCAUCUCGACACCAAGAAGUAAAUCCAUCUCGACUGUUGGAAAUAAUAGAAAUUGAGCUAAGCCUCUUGUAUGAGGUUCUUCACACCAAGCUGCCUGUAGUUGGUUGCAAGGUUGGAUAUAUUUUCAGGUUCAUUACUAUGAGUUGCAUCUUGGGAGCCUUGUUGUCAUUCUCAUUAUUUAAGAAGUCUUAUAAGUUGGAGCAGUUUGACAUGUGGCUAACUUAUGGGUUGCUGCUCGGAGCCUUGGUAUUGGAUUUCAUAUCUAUCAUUUAUUUGCUCAUUUUCUCAGAUUGGCUUUUAGUUGCAUACGUCCAGAUUACCAAAUCGAGAUUGUUCAAGAAGUGGAGGUGGGCUACGAAAUCGAGAUUGUUCAAGAAGUGGAGGUGGUCUACAGCAGUUUCCCAGAUGAAUUUUAUUACUUACUAUGUUAAAGAUUAUCCUAUUUGGUUGAGAGACUUUGGUGAUUUUGUUCGCAUAAGGCCUUUGUUGGAAGUCAUUAAAGGAAUCCGAUGUCUGUCUUCUCAAAAUUUCAAAGAAGACUCGGACUGGCCUUUCAUUUUUUAUGAAGUCAGAGAAUUGAAUGAGUAUUUAAAUCUUAAAAUGGCAGACUCAUCUCAGACAGUUCUAGAGGCCAGUCAAGUUUGGAGAUAUAGCCGUGAACGAGCUCUUAGGUGCUUUGACGAUUCUCAGCGGGAGGACAUAACCGAGAUAAUCGAGGAGUUAGAUUACACGAAAAGUGUUCUAACUUGGCAUAUAGCCACUGAAUUAUGCUUUCUAGAAAAACACCAAUCGUCUAACAAUCACAGAGCAUUAUGCAAGAUGCUUUCAGAUUAUAUGUUCUACCUUUUGGUAAUGCGGCCAGCUGUUAUGGCGGCUCUUUCAGUGAGUUGGAAAGCAGUAUUUGAAGACACAUUGGCAGAGACCGAGAUAUUGGUACGGAGGAGUUCACCCUCAAAUGAAAAGGAUGCUAGGACCAAAAUCCUUCAACUGAUACCACAUGUCAGGAAUCCAGAGAAGGAUAGGAAUAGAUCGGCGCUAUUUGCUGCUUCCGCCCUCGCCAAAUGCCUCAAGCAAUUAAACGGUAGUUAUCCAUGGGAGCCAAUGAGCAAAGUUUGGGUACAACUAAUGUGCUUUGCAGCUAUGAAUUGCAGGCCACACAUCCAUGCACAGCAAUCUAGUAAGGGUGGAGAACUCCUCACGUUUGUUUGGUUGUUGAUGAAUCAUUUGGGACUGGGGACUCACUUUUCAAGCCAUUGCUAAGAUUAGUGUUCGGUUAUUCCUUUUCAAUUCAGCUAAAUUAGUCCUGUGUGUGUUUCUCUGUUAUCUUUUCUCAGAAUUAGUACUUGUUGCCGAUCGUCUUAAGCAACCAGUGUAUUUUCAAAUGCUUGUAUCUCAAGUUGAAAUUCAGCGGAAUUGCUGUUGUCUUUCCCUAAUUAUCUGAUAAAACACACUGAUUAAU